AUGAGGAUCUACGCACGUGCGCUGCUGGUGAUAAGCUUAGCCGUGCUGAUUAGCGUGGCAACUGGUGAAAGCGGAAAGCAGAAGAAGAAAAACCGUCGACACGGAGACGAUCGGUCAGAGCAGGUUUACUAUGUCGAUCAAAUAGCGUCUGCUUCUGCAAUCUCACCCUGGACAUCGAAUCGUAUUAUCGCCAAAACUACUGAAAAUGGUAAAGAAUCUCAAUAUGUGAUCAACGUCGCGCCGGAAGAUGAGGUAAUCAUUCACGAGGAGGGUGCAGCCACCGAUCGCGUCUCGGACCGUGGUCCAACGGAUGAACAGUCGCCGCAGGACUUUGUCCACGAAGCCUUACGGUUACGGCAGCAGUAUUUGCAAGGAGCAGGCCAGAAGGGCACUACCGCAAUGCCGGGCAGCUCGUUCGUUGAGUUUACGACCGUCAAGUAUGAUCAUUAUGGCCCUAGCAAGAGUUCCGAUCGUGAACGUGAGUCCGAGCCACACAUCAUCUACCACAGCAAACCUACCCCAACGAAACCAUCGACUCCGGCUUCGUAUGCGCCGGUUCAAUCGGCUCAACCAACGGCUCUGCCACCGCAGUUACAUCCAACCUAUAGACCGAAGCACAUGAAACCCAAGACAACCAAGCCGAUGCUUCUGCACACGGUGACACCGUUUGUGGCGGAAGAAGUAGAGCAUCCAGAGCCUGAACCAACUCCUAUUACCUAUCGACCGAAGGAGAAGCAAUCACCGAAGGAACCAAUGUCCAAGACGGUGCUCUCGUCGGUUUCUGGUAAACCAACGGCUAUCAAGCAGCAGGAUACGGCCGCUUCAAACGUGUACGCCCAGGUUGUCCGGCCCGACGACUCAUCCUUUGGCAGUAGCAGCUACAACACGCACCAUGACUCUGGUAGCAGCUAUCAGGAGUUCCACAAGUUCGGAGCAACGAAAGAUUCGCAGGCCAGCAGUUCGAUUCUAACCGUUCACAAGGUGCGCCCCUCUCCAGAAGCAUCAUACCAUUCGAAGCACAAGCACCAUCGAGAGGAAGAACGCGAGCGUGAGUAUCCGAGUAGCAAAUCCCCGAAACCACACCAACCCGUUGAGCUUGGAAGAUAUCGGCCAACGAAGGAAUACGAGACUCCGGUUGAGUUUGCACCAACGUAUCAGCAUGAAAACAAACAAUUUGCGGUAGAAGAACCAAACCCGCAUGUAAAAUACGAGAAAGAAGUUGAGGAAAGCUUCAUGAAACAGCACCAGCAACAGCAAUAUCUGUCUCAUCAACAGGAGCAUCAACAUCAUCACCAUCAUCAUCACAGCUAUGAGACGCCACGUCCAGUGAAGAAGGAAAGGCCACACACUACAGUGGAACCGAAGUACUAUCCCACGAAGAACUAUCAUGCCAUUGAAUCGGUUAGGCAGGUGCAGAUGGAACCGGAACCGGUGCCUUCUGAAGAACCGUAUCGGUACAAACCACUCAAAUCGCACCAUGUGGAAGAGUUCAAACCGUCGGUAAAGUACGAGCAAGAGUCUGCUCCUCCGGUCGUGCACAAAGAGACCUACACUUAUCAUCCACCCAAGUCAUACCAUGUGGAUCCACCGAAAAAGAUCGAAGUAUCGACCCCCGGGCCAUACCACAGUUCCAAGCACCAAGAGACUCGAGAGAAACACUAUCCAACCGGCGAUGUGUCCUCCGAUUUCAUGAAAUUGGCCACCGCACGCCCAGCGAAGCAUAAGUUUGCGGAUCUUCCGAAGCCGUCUCCAGCGCCAAGUUACUCCAAGGUGACGAGCUAUCCGACGCCACUGUCGACCAGUUCGCUUCAGCGUGAGAAAUCAACGUACGAUCCGUACAAGUACCGGCCCAGUCCAACACCCGAGAUUUCCACCGCAGGCCACGGAUUCCAAAAGAUCUCCUCCUCACCUGCACCGUUCCCGAAGUUCAUUCCCGCAAAGAUGCCGAGUGAGUCUUACCAAGAAGCGACUGGACAAUACAGCUUCAAACAGACUCACGAUGCAGCAGCGAGCGGUGAGUCCUUCUCCGGAUUUUCACCCUCAUCCACGCCGGAAGCGUUUCUGGCGGCUUCACAGGAUUAUCCUAAGCUGUUUGCGGCCUCCCCAUCACCUUACACCAAGUACACGCCCAGCAGUACCGCUUCUCCUACAUCCUCGGACACGCUCUUUGAGUUUCCACAAAUGAAAGAAUCACCAAAGUCAUUCUCAAAGUACCACGAGACGCCAAAAUCAUACACCAAUAUCCGCCCAUCGGAACAACCCUUCAAAACGCUCAGUACCACCAUCUUCAUGAAGCAAUCACCGACGGAUGUCAGCUACACGCCGACAGCUGGACCUGCUAAAGCAAUCCAGAACCUGACCACAUCGAUCGGCUUCAACCCACCACCGAAUGAGCCAGCAACAAAACCGGAAUACUUCACUGAUCCCAAGGUGACCACGUACUAUGUGUUUGCAAACGGUACCGAGAUCAAACUGGGUGACGAUCAAUCGAAACUCCCGCAAGACUUUCGCAUCAACGCGGACGCGGAUGAUUCCUCCGCAUUCCUUAGCAGCAACUACUCCACCAAGCUGGCCGAGGACUUUGCCAUGAAGUACAACUGGGACAGUCUGCACGCUGUAGCGGAUGGUGAGUUCUAUCUCGGAUCGGCGUCCGAUGCAACCCUGAAAGCCCUGAGCUCCACUGCGAAGCUACACGAACCGAUCGAGUACAUUGUGCGGGACAAGAAGAAGAUGAAGCCGAUGGUAUUUAAGGCACCACACAAAACACCGAUCAAAACGGUAACGAUCUACAAAUCCACUCAUCGAUCGUCAUCGGAUGAUAUGGAGGGAGGAUUCGAGCCAAUGAUUGGUGUGCAACCACAGAUGGACAAGAAGAGUGAACUACCAGGAGGUGAUGAAGACUUUUACUACACCAACGAAGGUACGAACGAGGAAGGGGAUCCAAUGAAGGCUUCGAAGAAGAACGCUGUCUUCAUGCCAGGUCCAGGGCGUGCUCCAGGACAGCAGGGCGGUAUGAUGUUGAAGCCCAUUCGAGAACCCCCCGGACAGCCAGCGCAGGACAUGGACAUGAGUGCCGAGCCCUCGAAGAAGCAUCAGUACUUUGUGCUGUAUCACAUCGAGGAUAAAGAGAAGAAGCCAGUGCGGCCGCACAUUCCUCAGCCGGCACCACAACCCCCGGCACCGGUGGUUCCGAAGCAAGAGAUCCACUAUCACUACAGCGAGAAAGAGUCGGAAGAGCCGGAAGUGACGCACGAGCACUACAACUAUCACCACGAGGAAACGAUCGAGGACUCGGACGAUGACAUUCAGCAUCACUACGUGAAUCCGAACUACGGUAAGUUCAACUAUCGGCCCAAUGUGGCUCAUCCUUCGUACGCACAGCGACCAUUGCGGGACAGUAUGGGAUCGGGUAGCGAAACCACCCUGAAGGUGGUUGACCCCGACUCUAAGAGUUCGCGCCCGCUGGAAAUCACGAAGCAGGACUACAUGCGUCACGUCCAGAAUGCGGUGCUCCGGUACAUGCGCCAGCUGCAAGAGGAAGGACGACUACCGGUCAUAGCAUCGCGAGAUUCAGAUGACACUCAGAAAGCGUUUGAGGAGAUCGACCUAACCGCACUGCUCAGUGGUGCUGGAAUCGCCAAGCCAAAGUUCCAAUUGAGUGCUGCUACCCGCACGAACGUUCCCACCUCGCCCAGUCACUAUAAACCCAUGAAAUCGGUUCCGAGCUCGACGACUUACAAACCCACCGGUUCGCCCCAGAACGUGAAGCUUGGUAAGAACACCUACACGGCCGGUAAGCCGCUGAAGGUGGCAAUCGAAAGCCUACAGGACACGCUCAGCAGCAACGUGGAUCUGACGGUCAAGGGUAACAAACCGCCGAUCAAGCCGGAUCUUUCGGCCAUCGAUGUCGGCCAGUCCUAUCUGCAUGGGCCAACGUUUGAGCCUCAUUCACCCGUAAAGAGUAGCCAUGGGUACGACACGGAACGGAUUCCUUCCCCGGCCAAGAACAAGCUUCACUUUAACCAGCAGGCCCACCAUGACAUCAACUCGAUGCUGAACGCAAAGGACAACGUGGUGCAGGGGUUGCGGACGGGGAUGAAGGGUUCGUAUCUCGACCACAAUACCAACGGCUUUGGCUCGCUCAAGGGCGGAUCGGCGAAUGUGGGAGCUUCGAUAAGCUUCGGAAAUGGUGGAGGGGGAAAGGGUGUCCACGUUGCUGACGAUGACAACAAGAUUGCACCGGAAGCGCUAGAUGCACCGAUCCAGAUUAUCAACGGAAUCCCGAUCACGAAUCCGUACAACAUCGACAUCAACACGCUAAGGUACAUGCUGGGAGGGCUUGCACAGGCUCAAGCCGAGCAGAAUCAGCAGCAGCAUCCGCACCCGCAGAAGGAACCAACGCUGAAGCUGAAAGGCUCCAACUGGAUGUCCCUACCUACGGUGGCCAGCCCGUCGCAGGUUUUCUCCUCACAUAUUCCCACCUACCAGCAUCCGCCGUCGGAGGUGAACAACUACAAGUACAACGCAAACUUCGAUGCCAGUAACUUCAAGAUCAAGCUGCCGAAAAACCUCAAAAUGAAGGUAACUCCAUCGUCUUCCUCGGGAGGAUCGCCAGGUGACGCCAUGGCCAGUGGAUCCACCAACUAUGGCAGCUGGGGUGAACCACCACAAGCCAGGCCAGCCCCUAAUCACCAGCCAUCCUUCCAUGGCAAUCCGAACAACCAAAACAUCCAGAACCAUGGGCAACCGGCCAAUCAGAACUUCAACCUUGCCAUCGGUAACAACCGCCCCAUUGGACUACCGAACCAGAAGCUGCAACAGCAAACACAACAGCAACAACUGCAACAGUUUGUUCAGCAGCAGUUCCAGCAGCAACAGCAGCAGGCACACUUUGUCCAGCAGCAUCAGCAGCAGCUGCAACAGCAGUACAUGCGCCCGAACCGAGAGUUCAAUCCGGAGCAGUACCUCAACCCGACCGGUCAACUGUUCCAGGGACUACUGAAGCAAAACGGAGCAAUCAUGAGCAAGAAAGCUUCAACGAGCGAUCCGCGGAAGCAGCCAACCACGGUCAAACCCACGAUGGGACCGUCGAAAGCGGUUAAAAUCGAUACCAACCUUCGGCCACCACCAGCGCUAGUAAAGGGUUAA